AUGACGCGCAAGGACCCCAACGUGGGGGUCAACCCGGACGAGGUCGUCGCACUGGGCGCGGCCGUGCAGGCGGGCGUGCUGGCUGGCGAGGUGUCAGACAUAGUGCUGCUGGACGUCACCCCGCUGUCACUCGGCCUGGAGACACUCGGCGGCGUCAUGACUAAGCUCAUCCCCCGCAACACGACACUCCCAACCUCCAAGAGCGAGGUGUUCUCCACCGCGGCGGACGGCCAGACCAGCGUCGAGAUCAACGUGCUGCAGGGCGAGCGCGAGUUUGCGCGCGACAACAAGAGCCUCGGAAACUUCCGCCUGGACGGCAUCCCGCCGGCGGCGCGCGGCAUACCGCAGAUCGAGGUCAAGUUUGACAUUGAUGCCAACGGCAUCCUGUCCGUGACCGCCACCGACAAGGGCACCGGCAAGAAGCAGGACAUCAAGAUCACGGGGGCGUCCACCCUGGGCAAGGACGAGGUGGAGAAGAUGGUCGGGGAGGCAGACAGGUUUGCUGCUGAGGACAAGAAGAAGCGCGAGGCGGUGGACGCCAAGAACAGCGCGGAGAGCCUGGUCUACCAGUCCGAGAAGCAGCUCAAGGAAUUCGCAGACAAGUCGCUGAAUGUACAAUCAGGGGGCGGGGCUCUAUGCCCGUACCCAGCGCUGCGGGACGCCGGGCCUGCGGCUGAAAGCUGCUUGUCUGGGUGA